GUCAGAGGAGGCGGGCGGCGCGUCCGAGCCCAGCGCCUGCGCGAGCCGCGCCGCGCGCCGGAGGAGCGGCGGACCCGGAGCCGGAGCGAGGCCGUGAUGCCGCCGGGGCCCCGCGCCGCGCGCCAGCCCGGCAUGGAGGAGGAGUGCCGCGUGCUCUCCAUCCAGAGCCACGUCGUCCGCGGCUACGUGGGCAACCGGGCGGCCACCUUCCCGCUGCAGGUGUUGGGGUUUGAGAUCGACGCGGUGAACUCUGUCCAGUUUUCAAACCACACAGGCUACACCCACUGGAAGGGUCAGGUGCUGAAUGCCCAGGAGCUGCACGAGCUGUACGCAGGCCUGAAGCUGAACGGUGUGAACAAGUACGACUAUGUGCUCACGGGUUACACGAGGGACAAGUCCUUCCUGGCCAUGGUGGUGGACAUCGUGCAGGAGCUGAAGCAGCAGAACUCCAAGCUCGUGUACGUGUGCGAUCCUGUGAUGGGCGACAAGUGGAACGGCGAAGGCUCCAUGUACGUUCCCGAGGACCUCCUCCCCGUGUACAGAGAGAAGGUGGUGCCGGUGGCGGACAUCAUAACCCCCAACCAGUUUGAGGCCGAGUUACUGAGCGGCAGGAAGAUUCACAGCCAGGAAGAAGCGCUAGCGGUGAUGGACAUGCUGCAUGCCAUGGGCCCCGACACGGUGGUCAUCACCAGCUCUGACCUGCCUUCCUCGAGGGGCAGUGACUACCUGAUCGCGCUGGGCAGCCAGAGGACGAGGAGGCCGGACGGCACCACGCUGACCGAGCGCAUUCGGAUGGAGAUGCGCAGGGUGGACGCUGUCUUCGUGGGCACUGGGGACCUCUUUGCAGCUAUGCUCCUGGCGUGGACGCACAAGCACCCUGACAACCUCAAGGUGGCCUGCGAGAAGACCGUGUCCGCCAUGCACCACGUUCUCCAGAGGACCAUCCAGUGUGCAAGAGCCCAGGCUGGGGAAGGUCGGAAGCCCAGCCCCGCCCAGCUGGAGCUGAGGAUGGUCCAGAGCAAGAAGGACAUCGAGGACCCAGAGAUUGUCGUGCAGGCCACAGUGCUGUGAGGGCCGAGCGCACCCGCCCCGGCACACAGCAUGUCCCGUUCUCGUCCUUGUGAAAAUGUGACGUCCGCCUUAGAGCCCGGCUGAGACUUGACUUUCCAUCUCGUGAGUGUCGGGCUUCAGCCGGUCUCAAUUGUGAAGACGUGCCAGUUGUGCAUUUAACGAUAACAAAAGCAGUCACAGAUAUUUGUGAUUCGGAAACCCGGCCCCUCCCCCAAGGCUUUGGGACUCCUGACUGCCCCACGCUGGGCCACUGGCUGCCACUGCCCCCACAGAACCCCUGUCCUGCCUGGUCUGGGCCUGCGAAGGCCUCUGUCUGCAUCUCAGAUUGCGUCGGGUCUCAACCGUGGGCAUCUGGAAGAAUCACGCCAAAUAUCUUUAUGGUCCUGCUGGUCACACCCUCUCUGUUCCUGCGUUGGAAUUGCCGUCUUACCGUGCUGCUCACUGGGUCCUGGGAAUGUCCGGCCUUACGCAGCUGUACAGCUGCCCACGUCAGCAAGCUCAGAUGCACACUGGCGUGUGGUCUCCGCGCCAGGACCUUCCCAGGGCCCAGCAAACUCCUGUGGGUCUGCAGACCUCACGGGCUUCAGUGGGACCUCCUGUAUCUUGGGAACAGCUUCUGGGCAUCUGCUGUGUGUCAUGAGGGGUGCUGGUGCCGCAGGGCUGCUGCGGGCCAGUGGUGGGGUUGGAGAAAGGGGCCCUGUGGUUCCUCGAGGGCACUUGCUCUGCUGCGUGCCAUGUCGAGCCACAAGAGUGAGUGUGGGGACGCGGCAGGGCCACGUUUAGCCCCCUGUUGGUGUUCCAUCCUGGUCGCAUGCCGGGGGCGGGAGGCCCGUGCACAAAGCUGGCUGGGUUCCUGUCCUCGUGGACCUUCUGCUCCUACAGGGGAGGCCUUGGCACCGUGGGGGGCUCAGGCCCAGGUGGGCUGCGUGGUGGAGGCCAGUGUCGGCCCAGCACCAGUCCAGCUGUCUGCUGCUCCAGGGUGUCCCUGGCUCCGCCUGUCCAGAAUGGCGAGGCUGCAGGUGGGGCUGCUCGUCUGCCACCUGCCUGUCUCAGACCCCCAGAGCUUGGGGUGCCAAGGUGUGCCUCUCCAGGAACCCGCAGCCUGGAGGGUACGGUGGCUCCUGGGGCCCCGCCCCGCCCGCGGCGGCCCCCUCCCAAAGCCCAUACCCUCAGUGCAGUCCCAGCGUCUUCCAGGAAGACCCUCUUCCAGCACUGCGUUCUCGUCACCUUGUUGGAAAAUGUCCCAGGUCCUGGGGACGCUGGUUCCAUGGGACUCCAGCACCCCCACCUCUCUGACCCCGUGCAGCUCACAUUCCAAGGUCUGAACUCGAGGUCAGAGUGGACUGGCUCUCUGCUGGGGCCGCCGAGCCGGACGUGUCUCCUGCCAUGAUUCCUGGUCCCGGCAGCAGGCUUCUCCCUGCACCAAGUCCCACUGGGCCAGUGGCCUGGCAGGGGACCAGCCAGAUUCACCAGGGGCCCCUGCACGGCCUCCAGGAAAGCCGUCACUCCAGAUGGAGACCACGUGGCCAGUGAUGGGGGAAGCUAGUUUUGUGUCUCUCUCUCCCAGCCCCUGCCAUCUUUUUAAAAAAAUUUCUUAACAUGAGAGCAAGUGCAGGACUGGGGAGGAAGCACGUGCGUGGCCCUACCAUACGGUGGAGACCGCCGCCAGCGUGGGGCCGAGCCGUUGGCAGAGGGCAGCAGCCAUCGGGGCUUAGUCCAGGUGCGGGUGAGCCCCUCCCGCAGCACUUGGGGGCCCUCGUGCCCCAUGCAGACGCUGUACCACCAUGAACCCGCACCAUUGGCAGCUCCCUCUCCAGUCUCGCUAGACUGCCAGCCCUGGGGAUGAGGAGGCGCCCUGGCUGGAGCCAGGAGCCUAUGUGGGGCUGGUGUGGAGGCUGCUGUCGGGGUGCCUGUGCCGGCUGCAGGACCCGUUGAGAGGGCCAGGGUGUGGCACUGUGGCAGACGCUUGCCUGCCUGCGUGCGAUCCCCAGCACCCCGACCUCCCGGAAGAGGAGCAGGACUGUGGGCCUCAUGGAAGGAUGGCCCUGGCCAGCCCCUGCCCCUGAGCACGGCUUCAGUGGCGCUACCUGUCCCGGUGCUCCGGCCAUGUUUUCACCCAGCAGGGUCCAGACCCACAGCUCGCUGUCCCAGGGGACCUUGGGCAUCGGCAGUGGCUAUUGAUACGGCUCGGGUCCAAGUUAGAAUUAAAGUUUGUUUUUACUUUCCAUAGUUUCAGUGACAUCAAAAUAAUAAUGGUAACGAUUUGAGAAGAAUGCCACAUUAGCCCAGUGCUGCCACUUGUUACUAGGGGGUAGGAUCUUAAUAUGGUCUUAAUCCAGCUUCUCGAGCCUCCUGGACACUGCAAGAAGGAAUUACUCCAUAUGUGAUUCUUUUUUAAUCAAUUUCUGAUCCUUGCCUAGUCCUGCCAAGGUAAUCGUGUGCCUCUGUGUUGACUUUGCAAUAUAUACCAA